CUCGUUAACAUGGCUCCGUCGAUUAGUAAGAGUGGAGAAAACGCUUUUUCUAUGGAAGAGGUGAUUAAGAGAGAUAUGCGGAUUACAAAUGAGCUAUUCGUUCGUUCAUUUGACAAAGACCCCGCAGAGGAUGAAGAAGCGACUCGAAUCAAAAUGGCAUCAAAAAUUCUGGGUGAUUAUCAAGAUUGUGAUGAAUAUGUUCCCAGAAAACAGAAAGGAGAGAAAUCGUCUGUUGUGGCUUCCGAGGCGCCAGAAGAUGAUUUGAAAAUUGAAUCCGUCACAGAAGAAGAGGCUACCAAAGUCGUUAUCUCUGGAACGCACGAUUACCCUUCAGCUCCAGGCGUUCCUCUCUCUUCCGAAAAUGCGACUCACACGGAUCCUUCCAAGAACUCGAUCGAUCAGGCUCUCAAGUCGUUGAAAUCGAAAGAGCAGCAACAGAAAAAGCAGAGCACCAGUCUGAUCGCCUACCAGCCUCGAGAAGCGCACAAACAAUCCCACAAAGCCGCCUCCUCGGCUCUGGUUCUGCGAACACGCGAUGAGAAGGUCCCUGUCCCCGAGUGGCACGCUCCUUGGGAGCUGUCGCGUGUAAUCGCCGGACAUCUCGGCUGGGUGCGCUGCGUGGCGAUGGACGCGAGCAACGAGUGGUUCGUGACCGGCUCUGCCGACCGAACCAUCAAAAUUUGGGACCUGGCCUCUGGAAAUCUGAAGCUGACGCUCACCGGGCAUUCGCACACGGUGCGUGGCGUGGUGGUGUCGAGCCGCUCGCCCUAUUUGUUCUCCUGCGGCGAAGACAAAGCGGUCAAAUGCUGGGACCUGGAGUACAAUCGCGUGGUGCGGUCCUACCACGGCCAUCUCAGCGGCGUGUACUGCAUCGCCACGCACCCCACGCUCGACGUGCUGCUCACCGGAGGGCGCGACAGCGUCUGCCGCGUCUGGGACAUCCGAACGAAGGCCGAGAUCAUGGUGCUGGGCGGACACCGCGGCACGGUCCACUGCGUGGCCACGCAGGCAGGCGAGCCGCAGGUGGUCACGGGCUCGGCCGACGCGACGGUGCGGACGUGGGACUUGGUGACCGGGACGGCGACGUCGAUCCUGACGCACCACAAGAAGGGAGUGCGGUCGUGUCUGUUCCAUCCGGUAGAGUACGUCUUCGCCACGGCGUCUGCGGAUAACAUCAAGAAGUGGAAGUGUCCUAAGGCGGAGUUUUUGGGGAAUGUGAGCGGACAUAACUACAUUCUGAACUCGAUUUCGGUGAAUAAGCAGGGCGUUCUGUUCGCGGGAGGCGACAACGGAAUGUUCCGGUUCUGCGAUUGGAAAACGGGAUACUGUUUCCAGGAGGAGCGUACAGUGGUGCAGCCUGGAUCGCUGGACAGCGAGGCGGGAAUCUUCGCGAGCACCUUCGAUCUCACCGGAACGCGGCUGAUCACGUGCGAGGCGGAUAAAACAAUCAAGAUUUGGAAGGAAAAGGAGGAUGCGAGUCCGGAGACAGAUCCGAUUGAUAUGGAAAAGUGGAAGUUGGAAUGGAGAGCUCGGCGGCGUUUCUUUUGGCGUGUUUGUUGGAUUCAUGAUUUGGAUGGUGCUUGA